AUGGCCGCCGGCCGCCACGCACGGCGCAACCGCCGCAAGAACUACGACCAACGGCGCGCCGGCAGCGGCAACAGGCGAAGUUACCCCAGCUCCGACAGCAGCAUGAACGUCAGCGGUGCUGCCGACCAGGGGCGCCAAGCAACCAGCAGCGGGGACGGCGGAAGCUCGUCCCGCCACAGCCAUCUCGGCGACGAGCAUCGCAGCAGUGUGGGUGUCGCUGGCCAUCGGGUGCGUCAUGAUCUCCGCGAUCAUGGGGACACGUUGAAAGCGGUAGCUGUCCUGAGCUCUGAUACCGGGGGCCUGCCACAGUCAGAACAAACUCGGGCUGUGGACAUGUCCAUCGACCCGUCCGAAUAG